GGAGAGAUCCCGCUGGAGAUGAGGUAGUUGAGCCUUUUUCAAGCAGCGACGUCAAGAUGGGAUCCUCAGACGAACACCGCCGGUGACUGACGCGAGGAGAGAACCUGCACACAAUCGCAUCCUGCGCAGAGGCGGAGGUCAGCCAUGCCGUUUGCCGGCUUCUAUGCUGCCGCCCCUUUCGCAUGGCGGGUGAGUCACUUGGCCUCGGAUUUCGCCAUGGCGUGGUUCAAGGGCUGGUCACAGAAAGACCAGCGGAGGAGCCGCACAGUGCUGCUCAGUGGCGUGGCUGGCCUCGCAUUCAUCGGCGUCACCAUGAAGCGCGUGCCGCCAGGCCAUGUGGGGCUCAUUGAAGACUGGAGAGGUGAGGCGAGUGGGUGGGUGGGUGUUGGGGCAGAGGUGCAGUAACACAGCACAGGCAGUCUAUUGAUUUUCUGUUCCUGGUGUUUUCUCCUCCUUGCCUUGUCCCGUCAGGCCAGCUUCUGCCCGGCAUGUAUGACGACAGUGGGACGCAUUGGGUGCUGCCGAUCGUCCAGCACCCGGUGUCGGUGCGCGUCUACCCCGUCAAGAAGAAACUCGUCAAGGAGUUCACAACCAAGGACGGCAAACCCGUUGAAGUGAGCGUGGUCCCACACGCACAAAGCUCCCAUCAUCCAAUCAGCACACGUGACGGCAUUUCCUAUGUGGGACAUCCAUCAAUCAGGUGAUGCUUCAGAUGAAGAUGGCCCCGAAGAUCUACUACGUCCCCGAGAUCUACCUGCGGUUCGGUCGGGACUACGGCCGUUCGUUCCUGGAGCAGGAGGGAGCCAUCGACGUGAACUCGGUCGUCUCCCAGCACACCUUUGACGAGCUGGUGGGCGACAACGCCGACACUGAGGACAUUGUGGAUGAGAUCGUCAGCCGCAUUGAGGACGCCGCCUUCUUCCACAAAAUCAAGCUCAGGGACCCGGUAGGUGGGGAGGUGGGAGGGAGGGCCCCUGUCAUAUAUGUUCUGUCUGUGUGGUGAUGCCCUCCCUUCUGGGUGCUCUGUGUUCGGUGCUCGUCCAGAAUAUUGUCUUUCGCGACCCUAAUGCUGAUGACGACGAAGGCCCGUAGUGUGUGUGUUUUGUUUCUUGGUGGUUGUUAUGUAUCACGCAUGGCGAGGGAGGCAGUGUAAUGAUGUAUGUGACUUGAAUGCUGCCGAUGAGGCACGUUUGUGUGCAGUGACUUGCUUGAGUGAGGACACCACUUCGAUACGUCAGUCAGACUGAGUGCACGACGACGACAUAUUUGCGUGUGCAGAUGACACAGUCAGUCCCUCACGAGUAUCAUCGAUCGAUCGGCAUCA